ACACAUCAGUCUCUUGUAAACCACCCAAACAAAGAAAAUGAAAAUCUUGAUAUUGAUUAUAUCCUCUCUGGCACUCCUUGAGCUUUGCGUUGUGGACGCAUGCCGAUCAUACUGUGGAAACAUAACCGUUGAUUACCCGUUUGGAAUCCGAAAUGGAUGUGGGCAUCCAGGGUAUAGAGAUCUACUGUUUUGUAUGAACGAUGUGUUGAUGUUUCACAUAAGUUCUGGUUCUUAUAGAGUUUUAGACAUCGAUUACGCAUAUCAAUCCAUAACGCUGCAUGAUCCUCACAUGUCGACCUGCGAAACCAUCGUGCUUGGCGGCAAAGGGAAUGGCUUUGAAGCUGAGGAUUGGAGAGCUCCUUAUUUCAAUCCUACCUCAGAUAAUGUCUUUAUGUUGAUUGGAUGUUCUCCUAAAUCUCCUAUAUUUCAAGGCUUCCCGGAAAAGAAAGUGCCGUGCCGCAACAUCUCUGGAAUGAGCUGCGAAGAAUACAUGUCAUGUCCAGCUUGGGACAUGGUCGGAUACAGACAACCGGGUAUACAUUCCGGUUCAGGUCCACCUAUGUGUUGUGCGGUCGGGUUCGAAUCCGUAAAAGCAAUUAAUCUAAGUAAGUUGGAGUGUGAAGGAUACAGUAGUGCGUAUAAUCUUGCACCCUUGAAGCUUAGAGGACCCUCUGAUUGGGCUUAUGGGAUACGUGUUAAGUACGAGCUCCAAGGAAGUGAUGCGUUUUGUCGUGCGUGUGUUGCAACUUCUGGGACUUGUGGUUAUGAUGAAUCUGCUGAUGGUGGAGGGCUUAGACAUGUUUGCAUGUGUGACAACCAUAAUUCCACUACAAACUGUGAUUCAGUUAUAUCACCAACCGGUGCAUCAUCAAGUGUUCGACCAAAAACUAUCGGAUCACUAAUCCUCUACUUCAUAACUAUGAAUAUAGGCUUUCAGAGAAGAAAAUGAUGAGUUACCCUUUUCUUUUCAGAGAAGACAAUAGAGCAUGGUUAUAGGUGAUACUCAUAUAGUAUCAUUAGGAAUUUUUUAGUAUUAUUUAUAAUGUUUGUUUAUUGUUUGAGUUUUUUUAUGAUACUCCUACUAAAUAUGUUUGCA